CCUCAUUCCGGAACCGAUCAAGGCUCCGGGUUGGAACAGGGCACCACAUACUCGUUCUGUUUCCCACCCUGUUGGGAGCUUAGUUCGGCAUUAAUGCUAACAAGGCACUACCUGGCACUACGCGCUCAUGUUUUCUGCCAGGAAGGCCGCAGCCGUUUGGCUUUUCCUUGCCUUUGAACGGGUUCUGACUGCACAGACACCUCUGUCGAGUCAUGCGCCUUUAUCCUUUUACCAGGAGGUCGAAAAUGAUCUUGGAGGAUGGGAUCUUGGUGAAGCGCCUGCGGUGAAUGCGACAGGACAUCUGGUGUUCGAAACGGCCAAUUCCCUGCUUCAACACUGGGCAAAUACACGUUAUCGUAUUGGUCAUACAAUAGUCCCAGGGACUAUUCCCGUAGGCACUCUCCUCUACCAUGGAGUCAUCUUCGGUCCCCAUUUACCGACCGCUCUGGAUUGGGUGGCUGUAGAGCCAGACCACUCCUUACUUUUCUGCCGUGGGUCAAUCGAAACAGGGUGCUGGCACCUCACCCUUACAGUUACUCGGCCGAUGAAAGUACUCUAUUUUGAUGGAAACAGCGCUGCGAACCUCCCCGAGGGUACCUUGGACACCCAAGAUCUUGUGGCGUGGUCGGAGAUGAAACCCGAGUGGGUGAACAAUGAAAAGCAGCGCAUUAUGGAUCUGUGUAAAUGGGGUCAGAAAUAUGGUGUGAAUGGCUUUGUGAGGAUGGAAAUGAAUUUUGAAAUCAUGAUCUGCAACUUCACCUCUCACAUGGAGGUCGUUUCGUUCUUCAAUCUCGAGAGCACUCGCGUCGGCCGGCCUCCGUCUUUCCCAGAGGACCUCAAUACUGAUCAUCACAUUUAUGAAGUAAUGCAUUCUGCUUCGUGGCGCGAAAAUUAUCCAGGAGAAACCCGGAUUGUGCUUGAUUUUUCUGGGCUAGUCUCUUUCUACGACACCGCUCUCGUUCCCUCCUUGGUGCCGCGUCGUGUAGGUUUGGAGCGGUGGGAUCAUCGAGUGGGAGGAAUAUCAUCAGGGGAUAUAGAACGUGUUCAAGACAGGCUAGCUCAAGCGUUGGUACGAUCACCCGCGACAACCAGCGGCAUUGACUGGAAGACCGUCUUGCGGGUGGUGGUUGAUCGAUAUGCCAGCCGUCUGGAGAUGGUGCAGUACCUUUUGAAUAUGACGUUGGAUGAUAGGUCGAUCUUUGACCACGCGCAACAAGUCCAGAGACGACUGCGCACUGUACUUUUGCCCUAUACUCUGUUUGCAGCUCGACAUUCUGAUACCAAUACAUCUGUCACUGGCAACACGACAAAUUCGUGGGCUGCGCCAGUUUUUCGCGAAUGUGCUACAUCGCGCACACGGCCUCCAUAAGUAGCUCAUGAAGCAACAUUGAUGCCCUCUGAACAUUUGCUCCUGCAGGCGGUGCGGGAAACUACGCGUGAAAUAUGCCGCGUUGUCAC